AGAGGUGAGACCUGAAUGCUAAUUAAUGACACCCAUAAUUAGCAGGUGUUGUGAAUCUGAGUUCUACGCUUUCACUAAUGAACAGUUGUUACUCGCAGUAUAAUGUUCCUACUAGACAAAGUUUGUAGAAGUUGAUGGUUUUUGGUUCUGAGGCUUGAGAUUUAGACUAAAGUUUGCUAUAGGCUCAAGGAUGCCUUUGAGGCUGUACUGGUUGCUCUUGGUGAAUCUUGCUGUUUACAUCAGUGCUGAAACUGUUUACAGCUAUGGCUCUCGAUAUGGAAGCAAACCAGGAAACUUAACUGAGGCAGAAAGUACCUCUGCAACAAGUAAAUCCCUGGUACCGGAUGUUUCUUGCAGUGGUGUAAAGGGCCAAGGUCCUUGCUUUGAGAUGGUAUCAACAAGUGGCAGUAAUGAUUCAUCUUUCCAGGCUGCUAGUUAUGAUGCCUCUUCCUCUGGUGUGGCCUCACAGGGAUCAAGGCAUGGCUUCAUGCAAUUGGGAGACGUCUAUGGCUCGCCAGUUUUUGCCUCUUCCUUAAACUCCAGCCCUUCAGUCAGUGCUUCUAAUGCUGAGCAUGAUAUUCCUCGUAUUGUAUCAUAUGGCUCAGUGUAUAGACUUCUAAAACCACAUGGUGCCUACACCUCCUCUAGAACUGUGCCUUUUGCAAGCUAUAAGCCUCCUAUCACCAGUUCUGUCACAACAUCUAUGUCUGUACCAAAUGGCCAAAAUGGUUAUAAGAUUAGUUAUGAUGCCACACAACUCGGAGAUGCUUAUAACUCUGUGGCUGCUACAAAUUAUUUAAGAAAUAAGCCCUCACUAAGCAACAUGGUGAUCUCAAGUGGCCCCAUGAUAAAAUUUAUAAUGCCAAAUCAGAGUAACUACCAACUUGUACAAACUAUUAACAAAGCCCAGAGUAGUUAUGAAUCUGGUGUACCCAGCAAGCCAUUGGUGACAGUUGACCAACCUACUGUUGAAACUUAUAAGCCUUUUGAGCAUAGCCAAGGAAUGAAUAAUAAAAGACCUACUUCCCAGCCUCAAGUGCCAAAUGGAAGUGGACACCAGUCUCCUCAAACUCUUAAACCAAUAACUGCCCCCAAACCUCCUUUGAUAAGUAAAAAUCCAUCAACUCUACAAUCAAGAACCACAGAGCCCAGAUUUACACAACUGGGAAAUGCUUACAGUUCAGCGGACACAACCUACAAACCCUCUGGUGUCUUCAACCCUGCUCAGACCACCGAUAUGCAGCAAACAGCCAAGCCAGUGCAGAGUAGCCUGCAGAUUGCAGAUAUUUUCCAAGAUGUUGUACAUGACUCUAGUUCCAAUGCAAUACCAUUGAGUGGGUCUGUAUAUAUGUUUACAAGACCAGGAUAUGUCCAUGGUACAUCUGUAAGUACAGGUACCUCUAUGCAUAUGCCCUCUAGCAGUGCUAAGAAAGUACAAAGCAACUACAUGAAACAUUUCUAUCAAGCAGGACUUUCUUUCCCCAAAGUUGGUUAUGGUUCUGCUUUAUCUGCAGUGGCUUCAGGUGACUCAAGGAAUGGUUUUGAACAGUCAGGAGAUGUGUAUGGCCCAGCUGAUAAUGCCUAUAACUCAAAUUCCCAGCCCACUGCUAGUUUGUCCCAAAAUCCAUACUUCAUAGCCAGACGAGAUCAGAGCUCGUACUCUACGUUUAAGCCACUGCAACCCAACUACAAAUCUUUUCCAACAAGGUAUAUGCAAAUGCCAUUAAAGAGUUACAAUACCCCAGUUUCUCAAAAGGUAUCUGUUCAGGAUUCUAAACAGCUAAACCAAAUGAAUCAGAUGUUUGAUGACCAGGCUGUAAGUUCAGAAGGCUUUCAAACCUGGCAUCAUUAUGGUUCUGGCUUGGUUUCUGACCCUGUCCAGAACAGUGAUCAAGGUAAGCGCCCUCAAAAGCCUGAUUCUCAACCUUUAGUAUCUAUUCAGUCUCGUCCAUACAAACCUAAAAGCCUGUUUGAUUAUUUGUCAGGUCUGCCUCUCCUAGCUGAACAAUCUGUCUCCUCUGCCCCAUUAAAUGUGUCCCAAGGAAGUGUUGGACUUGCUAGGCCAAGGUCUGUUUCUGACCCUUUGAGUAAUGUUGUGGACGAGAAUAGUUAUCAGUCAGUUAUCCUUGCCAAUCCUUCUCAACAAUUUUUCAGGCCUUUGUCAUCAUCACACAGUAGUCAGUCUGGAUCUCCAGAAAGUUGGUAUGGACCUUCACAACCAGACUCAGGGUUUGCCCCGAGAGGCUCCAAGCCAGUGACGAAUUUCCAGAAGGUUUCAUUUCCCAGGCCACUCCACUGUGAUCAGGGUUCAUUCAGUCCUAACCAGAAUGAAUGAUUCCACUCAUAGUAACUACCCGUAUCUGUCUUAUGGAAAAAUGAAAGGCCCAUUUCCACUUGUUUUGAAGUGUGAUCAAGGUGUUUCACAAGAAGACCAUGGAGCAUAUUCUACUGAAAUUAAAUGUUAAAAUAGUACAUAUGAUACUUCUACCCAGAAAUAGGUUGGAUUUCUUUAACGUGGCGAAGGAUAUGUAAUGUUGGAACUAGGUUGACUUGUCUCUGCAGCAACUUGUUUAACUGCUGUCAUGAAUAAAGAUUGCCUUUAUGAAAAAUGCUUUCAUAAGCUAUGCUUUCUGUUUUAUAGCUCUAUUCACCUGUGCUUAUAUGGCUACUGUAAAAGUUCAAUAUCCUAUUUUUAAAAAGGAGAAUCGAUCAUUAAAAACACUCCUACAUGCGUGGUGUCAAUUUUAAAUAAAAUAUAAAACAAAGUUACAACACUGUGCUAGGGUCAGUAACUGGCUCUACUAUAGUGUUUAAAAAAAGGAUCCUUAAGGCACCUUUGGUUACUUUUCUGAAAAGGAACCCCUCUGAAUGAGUCUCCAGAGAGCCUUUAGGAUGGAACAUGGUACUACCUCCAUUUGUAUUUGUUUUGUGACACUCCCAGGCUUGCAUAUCAAAUAUGAUAUGAUUUAGGUGGAAUAGUCUCAAUGUCUACACCUAUAUAGACAAAACAAUGGUGACCUUUUAACAUCCUACUUGCUUUCCAGAGUUUUUUCAUGGGCCUAAUAUUAGGUUUUGUUUUGUCUUCUGCUGAUUAAAAAAAUGUUUUGUGUAAAAGUACAUAGAAGCCAAGUGGAUAACUUCUAUAUGAUAGCCUCACUUUGGAAAUAUAACUAGUUGUCUGUUUAUAUGCAGAUAACAAGUCUGAAUUGACUAGUAAAAGCCAU